AUGUCGAAGGACAGCCCCCGAGGUCAAUUCACAUACAAUGGCGUCCAUGCGACAGGCAAUACUAGACUAUCGGAAUUCAGUUUCUUACCCCGGCAACAAGUCUCGACCAGCCAAAUUCCUCAGGCUCUUCAAGAACCUGGUGUUUGUCAACGAGCUAAUCGGAGUAAGAUCUCCCCAACGCGGUUAUUCAGCGUCUCCCCUGACCAAGAUAGCUUACCAAUAUAUACGGUAUGCGUGGUGGGCUAUCCAAAAUCAGGAAAAUCAUGCCUGUGUAACCGAUUUGUCUGUCCGCAUCCGGACUUUUAUGAGAAAGUCCAUACCUCAGUGAUCAGUUCAACGGAUUUUGCCGGACCCGUAAUAAAUUCAGAGCACUGGUUAUUCUGGGGCACUGUUGUCCGCCGAAUCGACGAAGAGACGAAUGCGCGCUUUCGUGUUGUUGAGCAGACUGAAUUUGUGAACGAUGUAACCUUUUGCCCCUUUGUCUCCCCAAAAAUAUCCUCUUACCAAUGUAGAGAUUCUCACUCAUCAAGCACUCACAAUGAGUACGUCCGAAGGAGCACAAGUGUAAAGCUUUACUCACCAAACAAACUUCGUUAUAUUUGUACAGAACAGUUGGGCCACGAGCAGCGAUAUGGAGAGGAGUACUUGCCUGAUCGCGAACUCGAAAUCACGGGCUUUCUUCUACUUUUUGACGUUAGUCAGCGCCUCCGUCCUGAUACACGUGACCUGCCUGGUGGCUGUGCUCAGAAUCAAUUUUCUUUCUUCGCCGAAAUUUUGUCUGUUCUUCUCAAGCGCAAAAAACCUCUUGUGCUCGUUGCGACGAAACGCGACAAAGUAGACGAGCAGGUUCUGCAGGAAUUUCAUCAAAUGCUUCAGAAAUCUAGUGACUUCAAACGGGUUCCACUUAUUGAAGUCUCUUCCCACUGCAACAUAAACGUGGAGCUGGCCUUCGGAACCAUUGUGCGCUUGGCGGACAAUAAACCUCGCUUCAGCAAAAUCCGACCCCUUUCCUAUCAGGAGGCCUCGCGAGAGCGUGAUGAAGAGUAUCGCAUUGCUCGAGAGGCUUUUGUUAACCACAUUUUGAGGUGUUCAUCGGAGUUUUUGGUAAACUGGCAAUCCUUUAUGUCCCGCUACAGCCAUCAAGUUGACGUCACGCGUUUCGUUAAUCUUGUGGGCUCGACAGCGGCUCAGAGUACUUUUGAACAGUUUUCUGAAUUGCAAAAAAUAGAGACGAAAAGGAGACAUAUGGCUAAUCUUCCAAAUGCCCUAAGAGCACUGCUUCCCCACGUUGGACCUGUAACAAAUCAGUGA